UACCAGGUAAUCUGUGCACCCAUCUGCUAUUACUGCCACCAGCCGUUUAUAAACUCCUCCAAUAUGCCAAGUCUCCUCUAACUUCUAUAAACCAACUCAACUGAAGACAAUGCUGCUGUCUCCUCAGGCAGAGAGGAACUGGGAGGAUCUUUGUUCAGUGCUUGAAGAUGUGUUGGAGGAUCAGUCACACAGGCAGUUGUUUGCCUUAGAGCUGGGCUCUGGAACUGGGCAGCAUGUCAUACGGUUUGCCCAGAAGAUACCUUUUGUCACCUGGCAGCCAUCUGACAUCAAGGAUGACUCUCGGGAAAGUAUUAAGGCAUAUAUUGCUGCCACCAAAGCAGAAUCGGUGCUGCAGCCAGUCCACUUAGAUGCCAGCGAACCUUGGGAGAAAUGGGCGGGCCUUUCUCGCAGCUCCUGUGAUGUCAUCAUCGCCAUAAACCUACUGCAGUACAGCUCCUUCAAAACAGCACAAGGAGUUUUCAGUGGAGCGGGUGAGAUUCUCAAACAAAAUGGACUCUUGAUAACAUAUGGGGUGUACGCUGUUAAUGGCAUCAUCAGCCCAGACUCUAAUGAACACCUGGAUGAAGAGCUUCGAAAAAUGAAUCCAGAAUGGGGUCUGCCUGAUAUUGAUGUGCUCAGGCAGCAGGCCUUUGGGAACGGACUGCGUCUGGAGAGGAUGAUUGAGAUGGAAGACUACUACAAAUGCCUCAUCUUCAGAAAACUCUGAGGAUGAUGUCAUCACUGCAGAAAAUGCAGAUAACUUUUCCAUGUUUUCUAAACUUGGGAGACACACUAGGACUACAAUCAUGAAGAAGUUCCUGUGGACUUUAGCAAGGCUAGAGACUGCAUCCAGUAUCAGAAAGGUACGGCUCAAUAUCAUAUGAAUAAGACAUGCAUCUCGUUCAGCUAGCCAGCUGAAAUUUCCAACUAAAAACUGGUCACUUUUAUGUUGAAAAUUAAUGACAUUGGAUGUUUGGAUUGCAAAUUUGGAUCUAUUUUUUUAAAUUGACACAAAGUUAUUUAUUCUGUGCUUGCUGUCUUAAUUUAUAUAAUUUCUGAACUGCUGUGUCUUUCUUAUGCUAAACCCAUACUUAUAAGAGAUUUAACAUCUUACGCAUAAUUGUUUGUCAGUGUUGUAAUUUUAUAGCCUUUAAAUUCUGUUUUUAAAUCCCAAUUUAAACCCCUCUGAUUUACACAGAAAUAUGUGCAAAUGUGACAA